UUUAAUGGAAGUCUUAAAUCUGUCGACGUGGCGGGAAAAGCGAAUUCUACGAACCCGCCGGAGCGUUGCCAAGCGAGGGGUUGUUUUCCUAUCCAGAGAACACUGAGAAUUCUGCCUCUAUCCUAGAUUAUAUCAAGCGGGAAAAAAGGUUACUGCUCCAUAUUGGUAGCGGUAGUGUUUUACGUAAAAAUGGCUGCCGUUCAAAGUGAAAUGUUGCCACUUUUGAUGUGGAAACCGCGGGGAAGUAAAAUGUCUUCAAAUAUGGACGCGUUUCGUGAAGCUGUCAACCGGAAAUUCAGCAAGAACUUUGAAUCUUAUGAGCAGCUGCGGUUAUGGAGUGUAGAUCACUAUGCUGAGUUUUGGGAAAUGUUCUGGACCUUUUCUGGAAUUAUUCACUCCCAGACAUAUGAUGAAGUAAUAGACACAACGAAAAGAAUAGAUGAAAUUCCUGAAUGGUUCCACGGUGCAAGAAUGAACUAUGCAGAAAACUUGCUACAAGGCAAAGAUGAAGACAUAGCCUUAUACACAGCAGGAGAAAACCAAGAAGUAAGAACAGUGACAUUUCAGCAGCUUCGUGAGAAAGUUGCAGUUUUGGCAUCAGCUCUAGGGAAACUUGGCAUCAAAAUGGGAGACAGAGUUGUUGGUUACAUUCCAAACUGUGCUCUUGCUGUUGAGGCAAUGCUUGCGGCAAGCAGUAUAGGUGCAAUAUGGAGUUCCACCUCACCUGAUUUUGGUGUCUCUGGUGUACUGGAUCGUUUUUCACAGAUUCAGCCAAAAGUCAUGUUUUCUGUCAAUGCUGUCCGUUAUAAUGGAAAGAUUCAUGACCAUAUGGCAAAACUGGAUGGUGUUGUUCAAGGUCUUCCAGGGCUUGAAAAAGUAGUCAUUCUCCCAUUUGUUGGCACAGAAGAGAAAAUAGAAAUCAGCCAAAUUAAGAAUAGUAUUUUUUUGUCAGACCUGCUCAAGUUAGCAGAUGAUAGGCCAGAGCUUGAGUUUAAGCAGCUUCCAUUCAACCACCCAUUGUUUAUUAUGUAUUCCUCUGGUACUACCGGUCCACCCAAAUGCAUGGUUCACUCUGCAGGGGGUACUCUGCUUCAGCACCUGAAAGAACACAAGCUCCAUGGCAACAUGGGAAAAACAGACAUUAUAAUGUACUACACUACGACAGGUUGGAUGAUGUGGAACUGGUUGGUCAGUGCGCUUGCGGUUGGUGCAGCAUUAGUACUUUAUGACGGCUCCCCAUUCAUUCCCUCCCCCUAUGUGAUUUGGGACCUUGUUGAUGAAAUAGGGAUCACAAUUCUUGGGACAGGAGCUAGAUGGCUUCAAGCACUAGAAGACAAGCAUAUCUACCCAAAGGAUAGCAAUCGGCUGACAAGUUUACAUACUAUUUUGUCGACUGGCUCCCCACUCAAGCCUGCAAGCUUUGAUUAUGUUUACAAGCACAUCAAGAGUGACCUUCUUCUUGGCUCAAUCACUGGUGGUACAGACAUCAUUUCUUUGUUUGCCGGACACAAUACUGGACUUCCUGUGUACCGUGGAGAGAUCCAGGCAAGGAGCUUGGGUAUGGCCGUAGAGAGCUGGAACGAGGAAGGUGUGUCUGUGUACGAUAGUAGUGGGGAGCUCAUCUGUACCAAGCCCUUCCCUUGUAUGCCAACACAUUUCUGGAAUGACCCCAAUGGGAGCAAGUACAGGAAGGCUUAUUUUACAAAAUUCAAAGGAGUAUGGGCACAUGGAGACUUCUGCAAAAUCACCUCUAGAACAGGGGGAAUAGUUAUGCUUGGUCGAAGUGAUGGAACUCUGAAUCCAAACGGAGUUCGUUUUGGUAGUGCGGAAAUCUACAACAUAGUUGAAAAGUUCCCUGAGGUUGAAGACAGCUUAUGUGUCGGUCAGCAAACGGACGAUGGCGAGAGAGUGGUACUGUUUAUCAAGAUGGCCAAUGGAUGCAAGUUUAAUGAAGAAAUUGUCGAAAGAGCGCGAAAACAGAUACGAAUCAAACUAUCUGCCCGACAUAUACCAGCGGUGAUACUGGAAACGCGAGAGAUCCCGUAUACUGCGAGCGGUAAAAAGGUGGAGGUGGCCGUGAAACGUAUUCUGGCGGGAGAAAUUAUCACCAACCGAGGAGCCCUUGCUAACCCUGACUCACUAGACCUAUACCAAGACUUGCCUCAACUCAAGACGUCCUAGAACACACGACAAACUCUGUCUACACUGAACACAUUCAAUUGACUGCAAAUCAUAUGCAUACAUGGCCUAUUUCAAAUGUGUCGUAGCCCGGAGUGCUUCAUGGGUAUCAAAAAAUAAGUGAAAAUAGAAACAAAAUCCAGGUUUAGAGAGCGUUAGCACUCGUUCUGGGGGCAUAUAAACACGGGGGUGAUCGUCAGCAAAAUCAGUUUUAACCCUAACCGAUAGCACUUUGGAUGUGGUCAACAGCAAUCCUUAUACUCCUAAAAGAUGGCACAUUGAGUGUGGUCUAAGCAAUUUUUAACCCUAUAAGGGAUAGCAGUUGGUAGAUUUUUUUUAUAUCAUAGAAGAUAGGACGAUCACCCCGUCUACUUACUUUUAUGGAGAGUCCCCCUUUUCGAUGAGUCAAUCAAUUAUACAUUACCCAUGAACCACUACAUUGAUUAUCGUGUGCAUACCUUAUUUGAAAUAGGUGCUUAUAUCCUGAACAUAUGAGGUAUAUAAUUUUAUCGGCUUUUGCUCACGAUUUAGCAACACAGAAAGAAUAUAAGCUAGAAAUUAUGAAAUAAUGAAGGGAAAUAAUAAUAAGGCAGCCAAGGAGACCGUUGUUUGUAUAUUUAGCUCCAUGGCUAAAAUUCAACGAACGUUUUGUGACACACAAUAAAGACAAUAGCAGGCGCAA